UAAAGCUGGAAGAGGUGGUUAAGUGGGUAUUCUCCUCUGUGGAGAAUCUGUGGCAGAGUUUGUUGUCGCGGGAAAUUUCUUCCUGCAGCAGAAUUUUGUCGUCAUAAAUUACUUAUUUUACUUCUGAUUAUGAAAUCAUAAAGUCUAAUCUCAGGAUGUCGGGACGCUUUGAUGUUUUCCCGCGCUUUUCCUGUGAGGAGUAAAGUUAAGUUCAGGUAGCUAACUAAGCUAAGCUAACCUAGUUGUAGGCUUGUGAGCUGGACUACUGUCUGUUCGCUUGGGUUAGCUUAGCUUAGCUUAGUUCAGGUUUAGUUUAUCUUAGCUUAUCUUAUUUUAGUUAGUGUUUGGACUGGCCCUCUGCUCUCGGUGAUGGAGACGGGUAAGGAGAGGGUGGUCGCGCUGGUGGAUAUGGACUGUUUCUACGUGCAGGUGGAGCAGAGGAUGAACCCAGAGCUGAGGAACAAGCCCUGCGUGGUGGCUCAGUACAAGACCUGGAAAGGAGGAGGUAUUAUAGCUGUGAGUUAUGAAGCUCGGGCUCACGGGGUCACCAGGAACAUGUUCGCAGACGACGCGAAAAAACUGUGUCCAGACCUUCGAGUCGCCAGAGUGAGAGAGUCUCAUGGCAAAGCUGAUCUGACGAAUUAUAGGGAAGCCAGCGUGGAGGUGAUUGAGGUCAUGUCCCGUUUUGCAGUGAUUGAGAGAGCCAGUAUUGACGAAGCCUACAUGGAUCUUACUAGCAGCGUACAGAAAAGAUUGAAGGAUCUGGCGACGGAACGGAUUGAACCCCACCUUCUGAAGGCCACAUAUGUACAAGGAUUUCCUCAUAGCACAGAGGAGCUUCCAGAAACUGGGGAUAAAGAGGAGCAGAGGUCUCGGGGUCUGCACCAGUGGCUGGACUCGCUGCCGCCCUGUUCUCAGACGGACUGUGCUGAGCUGUGUUUGGCUGUGGGGGCGCUGAUUGUGGAGGAAAUGAGGGCGGCAGUGGAGAAACACACUGGAUUUCGCUGCUCUGCAGGCAUUUCUCAUAACAAGGUUUUGGCAAAACUUGCAUGUGGUCUCAACAAGCCCAAUCGCCAGACCGUCCUGCCUUUAGGAUCAGUACCUGAACUCUUCGGGACGCUGCCUAUCAGUAAAAUCCGCAACCUGGGAGGAAAGCUUGGUGUUUCCAUCACAGAGACAUUAGGAGUGGAGAACAUGGGAGAUCUUACUCAGUUCACACGUGUCCAGCUGGAGGAGCACUUUGGAGAAAAGACAGGGCAGUGGUUGUACGAUUUGUGCAGAGGAAUUGAGUUUGAGCCAGUGAAGCCCAGACAGCUUCCUAAAUCCAUCGGCUGUAGCAAGAACUUUGCAGGAAAGACUGCUCUAGCUACGAAAAAACAGGUCCAGCACUGGCUGCACCAGCUUGCCUUGGAGCUGGAGGAGAGAUUGAAUAAGGAUCGAGAAAUGAACGGUCGAGUGGCCAAGUUGCUGACUGUGGGUGUCCGUCAGGCUGGAGAUAAAAGACUGAGUAGCUUCUCCCGAUGCUGUGCUCUAGCCCGCUAUGAAGCUUCAAAAAUUACUGCUGAUAGCUUAGCUAUUAUUAAGAGCCUUAACACUGCUGGCAGCCAUCAGGAGGCAUGGUGUCCUGCUCUCACCUGUCUCCAUCUGUCUGCCAGCAAGUUCAGCGACACUUCAUCAGGAGGAAUAGUCAGUUUCCUCAGCAGUGAUGUGGCACCAACUCAGUCUCUUCUGGGCUCCACUCAGACUCAGUCUCCCUCUAAAACCGAAACAGCAGCAGCUAAGAAGCCAGGAGCGAUCCAGACCCUUUUCCAAAAAGCAGCUGAGAAGAAAAAGACAGAAAUAAAUCUGAAGAAAAAGGAAACAGAUGACCUUGCGUCUUCAACCUCUGAGAACCUUUCCAGUCCGUCUCAGAAACCAGCAGUGUCUAAUACAUCUAUUUCAUCGUUUUUCCAAAGAAAGAGUUUGGAGAAAAACCUGCAAGUGGGGACUGGGCUCACAAGCAGUGAACAGGUUGAAUGGAUGAAAGAAAGCAGUGUGGACUCUGUGGAACGAUCUCCAGCUCAGACGCUUCCUCAGGACUUCUCAGGUGAGUCGUACUCUUUUUCUGUUGAAGCAGAACAAGACGGUACAAGCCUUCUGGAGCACACAGACUUUAAAGACACCAGAGAGGAUUUUCACACCUGCGAACGCUGUGGAGAAGAAGUGCUGGUGUGGGAAAUGCCGGAACACAAUGAUUAUCACUUUGCACUCGACCUGCAGAAGUCUUUCUCCUCUUCAUCAGCUUCCUCUUCUUCUGCCUCUACCAGCGACCCCCUCAGGGACACGGCAGCCCUGCAGUCUUCACGUGGAAAGAGCAGGUCCAAAACCCAGGCUGGACCACAGGCAAAAAGAGCAAGAGCAGCAGAGACCACAGUCACUCUUCAUUCUUUCUUUAAGAAGUCUUAGAAUGAAGAAAUGCUUCAUAAAGAGAAUUAUUGCCGUAAGCACUUUUUCAGACUAUUAGACACAGUCUUAAUAUAAUCCAAUCAUUCAAUCAUGCAAAAAUCACUUGUUUUUUUUUUUUAAUAACUGAUACAUAUGGGUUUGUGACCAACUGCUCAGUCAUGAUGGCAGGGAAUGUAUCUACAAUGUUUAAAAUAAAAUGUUCUUAAACAAUUGUGUGUUCUUGUCAGUGAAAUAUAUAAAUUGUAAACUAUGAAAAUGCUAAAAGAUUAAACUAAAAGAUUGAAGAUGGAAAAGUCUUGUUUAUGCUAAGCUGAAUAAGCCAAAGCCACUUAAUUUCUGAUUUUAAUAAAAGUUAUUAUUUGGAAAUA